UGCGUAUUAUAAACACAAACCAUACUAUAAUAAGUUAUUAGUUUGAAAUUGUGAGAAUUAUAGUGUCGUGAAUUACAUUACCGUGAUUUAUAUUGAAUGUGUAUACAAUUAAGGCUUAAAAUCGUGUGAAGUUUUAAAUAUUAAUUGUUCACGAGUAACAAUGAGACAUAGUCUCAACAUCGUGAGAUGGCCUCUACGUGUCUGCAAGCGGAGACUGGCGUCACAGCAGCGAGCUGUUGCUACCGAUGGCGAAACUGGCAAAAUAUCACAUUUGCAAACAUGCCCGGCGAAAGGUCACAGGGCGAGAUCAACUCAGGCUGUGGCGCCCCUCGAGUCAAUCACGUCAGUAAAACCCUGGGAAGAAGUUCCAGGGCCUAGACCACUGCCACUAUUAGGAAACACUUGGAGAUUCAUACCAUAUAUUGGUGGAUAUUCAGUAGAGCAUGUCGACAAAGUGUGUCUGUCUUUGCGUCAGCAAUAUGGAGAUUGCGUCAAAAUGGAAGGUCUGCUUGGUAGACCGGAUAUGCUGUUCGUUUUUGAUGCGGGCGAAGUUGAACGAGUCUUUAGAGGAGAGGAUUCGGCGCCUCAUAGACCAUCAAUGCCCUCGUUGAACUAUUACAAACACACAUUGAGAAAAGACUUCUUUGGUGCCGAGAAGGACUGUGCCGGAGUUAUUGCGGUUCAUGGAGAUUCCUGGUCAGCUUUUCGGACUAAAGUAUCCCGUGUCGCUCUCAGCGCUGGCGCCGCCGCUCAGUACACCGACCAAGUUGGGGAGGUAGCUGAUGCUUUUGUUAAAAGGGUACGAAAAAUAAGAAAUGAAAAGAAAGAAACGCCGGACGACUUUCUAAAUGAAGUUCAUAAAUGGUCAUUAGAAUCGUUAGGACUUAUAGCGUUAGACACGAGGUUAGGCUGUUUGGAACAGCACGAGGGUUCGGAGACUCAGCAGCUUAUAGAUGCUGUGAAUACUUUCUUCUUGUGUGUUGGCGAGUUGGAACUCAGGGCACCAUGGUGGAGACUCUACCCCACGGCCAUGUUCAAGAGAUAUGUAGCGGCCUUAGACACCAUACUUAGUGUUACUCAGUCUCAUGUCAGCCGUGCCUUAAAGGAAUGUCAAGCUAACCCAAAUGGCAGUAAAUCUCUUCUCCAAGACCUGGUAUCAGCAGCCGGACCUCGUGUUGCAGCAGUAGCAGCACUUGACAUGUUCCUUGUGGGCAUUGAUACGACGUCGAAUGCUGUAGCCUCAACUCUAUAUCAACUCUCUCUAAGGCCUGACGUCCAAGAGAAGUUACAUAAAGAAAUUUCAGGUGUAUUACAAGGACGCCCUAUAAGACCUGGAGAUGUUAAUAAAAUGCCAUAUCUAAAGGCGUGCAUCAAAGAGGUUUUAAGAAUGUAUCCAGUUGUUAUUGGUAAUGGCCGGCAAUUGAGCAAGGACACAGUUAUAUGUGGCUAUAAUAUUCCGAAAGGGACGCAAGUGAUAUUCCAACACUACGUUAUGGGAAACAGCGAUGAUUAUUUCACAAACGCUUCACAGUUUUGUCCGGAAAGGUGGUUACAGCGUUCAAUAUAUAAACACCAUCCAUUCGCGUCCUUGCCGUUUGGAUUCGGCAAAAGGAUGUGCCUCGGUAGGAGAUUCGCUGAACUUGAAAUUAAUAUCAUCAUUUGUAAAAUGGUUCAAUCGUUUCAAAUGGAAUACCACCACGAGCCCCUUGAAUACCACGUUCAUCCCAUGUAUACUCCCAAUGGACCUAUACGUUUAAAGCUUACUGACCGUUAAUCUUAAGCCAGCGUCUAUCUUCCAUUAAUUGCUGUAAUAGCUUCUUGUUUGUCUAUUGUAAAAAUCGAUAUUAAUUUAAAAAUAAAAAUUUUUAUAUUUAGAAUAUCAUUUUUUGUUACCAAUAAAAUGUAAGGAGUUCUUAAUGAAAUUAAUUUUAACUCAAUUUCAAGUUUUCAAUUGAAAGAAGUUUGAUUUCAUUGUGCCUUUAAAUAAUAUGACUUAUGUGGAAAUAUUCUGUACAAAUACAACCUUUAGAACAAGUCUUAUCUAUUUUUUUUAGCUGUAUAUUUAAAUUAACAAAAAUAGCAUGGAGGUUAUAUUAAUCUGGAUUUUGUAAAUUUUUAGUUUUCUGUAUCUUUUUAAGCACAAGACGUAAUAAUAUUGCUGGAUAUAGUAUAAAAAAUCGUAAGUGGUAACUUGCUUUUCUUGUACCUCUAUGUUGUUGUAAU